AUGGACUCACAGCCAGUAGGGCAUUAUUAUAUUCUCGAUCCGAGCGCCCUGGUAUAUGGAGGAAUCGGCAAAAUAAAGGAGUGGGUAAACUCCACGGUUGAGAAUCACAGAAAGGGGAACAAGACUUUUCGAAUUGUUUUCUAUGUGCCUUCCUACACACUCAAAGAAUUAGAUUUUUUGAGGAAAGUGUUCAAUCCAUUGAUCUCUGCCAAUGCACGUGAAAGUAUAAAAUUCAUCGAUAGUCAAAUUUCAGGCGUUCAGUUCGACGGUGAUGAAAAUGAUUACGAUAUUGAUAUUGACAGGCUCAGCUUGUCGGACAACGAUUCAGAUUUUGGGGAUGUGUCCGAAGGCGAGUUUGAGCAAGAUGAGGUUGAGGUUAGUAGUCCUCACGUGAAUUCUUCUGAGCAUGGUUCCGUUGAGGAUUCGCAAAAGAGCAGAGGAAAAGUAGAUAAGACUAAACGAUCUGAGAGCAAUGAUUAUACCGAUUUUGAGAGUUACAACAAGAUGAAACUGGUUAGGAAUGAAGCUAAGUCUACCAAAAAGGAUCCGGUCAGACCAGUCACGUUCAUACUCGAACCAGAGAGAAGUGUGGGACCUGAUUGGAAAAUUGCCUCGGGAUACAGACGGUCAACACCGUUACUGUCUGAUUUACCUAAACCCAUAAACGGGUUUUCAUCUAGGGGUCAACUGGUAAACGAUGAUAACAGAAACUUUGCGGUUGGAGUUUUUGGUAACAACAUUCCAGGAAGUUUUAACGUUUCGGCCAAAAGUAACAACAGUCAUGCUGUCAAUGCUACCAACCCAAGCUCUAAUGGAGAUGGCGAGAAGGCUGUUGUUCCAUUAAGACUUAAAUUUCUAAUCAGAUCGUGUAUCCAAAAGCAAUAUAUCGAAAGCAAGUCCUUAAAGGAAGAAGAAAGGAUCAUAUGGAACGUUAUAUGCGAGGAUGCUACGACUACGAUCUGGUUGAAAAACUUUGGUUUGACUGUGAAAACGUUGAACGAUGUCCAAGACGAUUUUGACAAGUUUUCUGGUGGCUUAGGUGCCAAGGUUUUGUUUGAUCCGAGUUCCGGGAAGUUGGUUGAGACGACCUCUGCGAAAUUUAACCGCAAAACCGUAAACAAGAAAGCUGGGGGAGCCAAAGCUCAACGAGUCAAAAGCAAAGAGGGAUUAAAUCUAGUCAAAUCAGAAGAAAACGAAAGUACAGCCAACGCAAACGGGAUUACAAUCACGAAGACCAAAGCCAGAAAAGCUAAGAAGACACAGAAAACUCCGAAACUCGAUGUUAGUGCCAACACUGGCCCUGCAAAGAAACAUGUCGUCUCAGCAGAUACGUAUGCUGAAAGGGGACAAGGCGAACUUUGGACGCCAUAA